AUGUGCCGUUUUUCCGACAUGGAUUCUGAGGUGAAGUCCCAAUUAAUUACAGGCUGCCUGUCGGAAAAAGUCCGCCAGAAGGGACUCAUGAACUCAGAUAUGUCACUACAUGACUUAAUAAACUACGCAAGGACAACGGAGACGAUAGCGUCGCACCUACAAACAAUGCGACUGGAAGACAACAACAUUGCUACUGCUACAACCGCCCCAAUAAACAAAGUCGCAGACGAACAGCGCCAACCAAGCAACUAUCCCCAGCAAUACCAGUGCAGGAACUGCAACGGAAAAUACCCUCAUGAGCGGGGACCAACGUCUUGCCCUGCAUUUCAUACCCAGUGCACAUACUGCGGAAGGUGGGGACACUUCACCUCUGUCUGUUUCAGAAGAUUAAACGACGGAAACAGACAACGGGAAACAAAUCAUCCCCCACGAACACAGACCAAUCGACGCUCAGUGAACCGCAUUGAAAACGACCAACGGAACCCACAUAGCAGUGGUAAUGAUACAGAAUACGUGUUCCACACAGCUGGAGCUCGGAACUUGCCACCUCCAAUUGAAAUGGAUACUCCAGCAAACAGGAGUUCAUCUUUAUUUUUGGGGCUUCCCAACCAAAUAAAAGGGCAACUUGAUGAACAAUCACAAACUCUUCACAAAAUCAAUUCCACAGUCCAGAAACUUGAAGCUGAAAACGCUCUUUAUAAACAAGAAUUGAUGACCGCCCACACCAAUAUUCACCAGUUAUCAUCUCUUUUGAAUAACGAACGACGAAAAUACCAUUUGUCUUUGGAGAGACACUUCAUCCAAAUGCAAGAAAUGCUCUUUCAUGAUUAUUUUCAAAGUCGACGCAAUAAACAUUGUAUUUACUCUUCUCGGCGAAAAAGAAUUAGAUCAUAUCAAGGCUUUGAGAAGGCAUACAAUGUACUUGGCCAGUUCCUACUUCUCAACAAAGAUGAAGACCUUUUCCUUGAUUGGUUACGGACAUCCAUACAUGCAAACGCAAAGCAGGGCAAUGAUUGUUUCAACUGUUUGAAGACCUGGUGUGAUAAUUAUCUAUAA